CACGUGCCUCCGCGAAUUGGAGUCGCACCCAAAUCUCUUUUGAAGCUCAGAGCGAGUGAAAGGACAGGAUCGUCCGUCCCAACUGCAGUUAUGUACAGAUGUAUUCGGGGCGGGGAUAGACAAUAUAGCUGGCGGAUGCGAAUCUGCGCUGGGGGGGUAGAGAAUGCCGACUGCAGCGGUGGCGAGGAUGGCAUUGAGGUGCAGCGUUUCGACGGUCGGAGAUGAAGGAUGGUUCCCUUCGUUCCUUCCCAAGGAAGUGGAACGAAUCAGAGACCCAUCUGCCCGUAGGAUGGCCAGACGGAUCGAGAGGCUGCCCGUACAGAUUAGCUCUUCAGAGAGUUGCAUUAUGAGUACUUGUGUGAAGCCUCUGGUACAAAGCAAAAGGAAGCCACUUGUUCUCCUCCAUGGUUUUGACAGCUCUUGUUUAGAAUGGAGAUACACAUAUCCGUUACUUGAGGAUGCUGGAUUGGAGACAUGGGCUGUGGAUAUUCUUGGAUGGGGCUUUUCUGAUUUAGAACGCCUCCCAUCAUGUGAUGUCGCCUCCAAGCGCGAACACCUCUAUCAGCUCUGGAAGUCCUACAUCAAAAAGCCCAUGGUACUAGUUGGACCAAGCCUAGGUUCUGCUGUUGCAAUUGAUUUUGCAUUUAACUAUUCGGAAGCUGUUGAAAAGCUGGUAUUGAUUGAUGCAAGUGUAUAUGCAGAAGGCACAGGAAACAUGAAAACAUUACCUAAAAUAGUAGCCUAUGCUGGGGUCUCAUUAUUGAAGAGCAUUCCAUUGAGGUUAUAUGCAAAUUAUUUAGCUGUUAAUCACAUAUCAUUUUCCACCAGACUCGAUUGGACUAAUGUGGCCCGCCUACAUUGUCUACUACCUUGGUGGGAAGAUGCAACUGUUGGCUUUAUGGUUAGUGGCGGAUAUAAUGUUAUUUCCCAAAUAAAACAGUUGAAGCAGAAGACGCUUAUUAUUUGGGGUGAGGAUGAUCAGAUCAUCAGCAACAAACUCGCACUGAGAUUGCACGACGAACUACCGAAUUCAGUUCUACAUCAAAUACCAAACUGCGGCCAUCUUCCUCAUGUAGAGAAGCCUGAGUUUGUGGCCCAGUUGAUUGUGGAGUUUGUUCGAGGUGAUUUGAAAAAUCAAUAGCACAAUCCAAGCUUCAUGUUUUCAAAGACUUCCUGCAUUGCCACAGGCCCGCAACCAGCUGAACAUGGAAGGUAUCACUAUUGAUUAAGUAAUAAAGAUUGUUGCUUUGAAAUGAGUCCUGGAUUUUGGGCUCAUUCUGGUUUCAGGCAUUUUCAUGGUUCCAAGCAUAGUUUGAAAACUCCACCCGAUUUCACUCGUCUGAGUUGACUCGACUCAACCAGAUUUCACCACGACUGGAGAAAAACUUGACAAAAACUCUAAACAACUCGAUGAAACUUUGACAUUAUGUACAUAUUAUUUAUGCUUUUUAAUAUGAAAUAAUAUUGAAAAAAAAAAAAAAAAAACAAA